AUGGACAUGGACAAGGCAGAUUUUCUUGGUUUCACUAUUUUCAACCAAUGGGCAGUUGUGAUACGCGAUGGUGAUCGAUACUUCUGCACUCAGGUUGUUGGAAAUGUUAUAUCUGGUGAAGGAAUAAAGAUUCCGUUUAGAGAAAUGAAAAAGGCUCAACUAGACAAAUACCGUCUCAAUCCUGUCGGCUUUGUCACUCAAAAUCAGAGGGAAACGAAAACCAGAGAUCUUGUGGAUGCCGAGCCGAUGGUGUCUGGUAAUAGUUCUCAGGAGUAUGCAGUAGAUAUUGCCUUUCACCUCUCCAGUUCUCCCACAUACACAUUUGUGAAGAUCAUGGCAUUACCUCGAAUGCGAAACGCCGUCUUCUACUGUACAGUGAUAUUAUCAAUUGUGUUUAUAAUGCUUGACCACCCUUUUGCUCGUCUGUUGAACCCGCUGUUCUUAACCAACCUGUUUGCUGCUUGGGAGCUGUCUCGUAUUGGCAUCCAUAACCAAACACAGGAAGUUCAUCUCCG